GGCAGGAGAUCCCCUAACUGGCUCUAAGUGUACUACCAACUGAAGUCCCGCCCGCUCCUGUCUUUCUUCAUUUGGGUCCCAGGGUUCCAUGGGAGGAUGAGUCAGCACCUUGUGGGAACUGGAUGUGACAAGCCUGCAGACCUGCCCCUCUACUGAAGCAGAACACAGAUGCCUUUGCAUUUCCGGAACUCCUAAACAAGUGACAAGUGAGAGGUGACAGACAACAUGAGGCUGUGGCUGAGAGGCCUGGUCCUCCAGGCAAUGAAAAGCUCCCGGGGAUUCUGCGGGUCUCAUGGAAAGCCAGCUCCUCUUCCUGUCCCUCCGAAGAUUGUGGCCACCUGGGAAGCCAUCAGCCUGGGGAGGCAGCCAAUGCCUGAGUACUUCAAUUUUGCCCAUGAUGUGCUGGACACAUGGAGUCAUCUGGAAAAGACUGGGCACCGGCCCCCGAAUCCUGCAUUCUGGUGGGUCGAUGGCAAAGGGGCAGAGGUCAAGUGGAGCUUUGAAGAGCUGGGAAGGCAAUCCAGGAAAGCAGCCAAUGUUCUGGAGGGUGCCUGUGGCCUGCAGUCCGGGGACAGAAUGAUGCUGGUGCUCCCACGGCUCCCGGAGUGGUGGCUGGUCAGCGUGGCUUGUAUGCGAACAGGGGUCGUCAUGAUUCCAGGUGUCUCUCAGCUUACAGAGAAGGACCUCAAAUAUCGACUUCAGGCAUCCAGAGCCAAAUCCAUUAUCACCACAGAUGCCCUAGCUCCGUGGGUGGAUGCCAUUAGCGCAGACUGCCCCUCCCUCCAGACCAAGCUGCUAGUGUCAAACAACAGUUGGCCAGGCUGGAUGAACUUCAGGGAACUCCUACGAGAGGCAUCUACAGAGCACAACUGUGUAAGGACCAAGAGUCGGGACCCCCUAGCCAUCUACUUCACCAGUGGAACUACCGGGGCCCCCAAGAUGGUCGAGCACUCCCAAUGCACCUAUGGACUGGGUUUUGUGGCCAGCGGAAGGCGGUGGGUGGCCUUGACUGAGUCAGACAUCUUCUGGAACACAACCGACACUGGCUGGGUGAAGGCAGCCUGGACUCUCUUCUCUGCCUGGCCUAAUGGAUCUUGCAUUUUUGUGCAUGAGCUGCCCCGAGUUGACACCAAAGUAAUCCUGAAUGUUCUCACCAGAUUCCCAAUCACUACCCUCUGCUGUGUCCCAACCAUCUUCCGGCUGCUUGUGCAAGAGGAUCUAACCAGGUACCAGUUUCAGAGCCUGAGGCACUGUUUGACUGGAGGAGAGGCCCUCAACCCUGAUGUGAGGGAGAAGUGGAAGCAACAGACAUGCCUGGAGCUGCACGAAGGCUAUGGCCAGUCUGAAACAGGUGUACUCUGUGCCAAUCCAAAAGGCACAAGAAUCAAGCCUGGAUCCAUGGGGAAAGCAUCUCCGCCCUACGAUGUGCAGAUUGUGGAUGAUGAAGGUAACAUCCUUCCUCCAGGAGAAGAGGGGAACGUUGCUGUUCGCAUCAGACCCACCCGGCCCUUCUGUUUCUUCAAUUGCUAUUUGGACAAUCCUGAGAAGACAGCUGCAUCAGAACAGGGGGACUUCUACAUCACCGGGGACCGAGCCCACAUGGACAAAGAUGGAUACUUUUGGUUCAUGGGCAGAAAUGAUGAUGUCAUCAAUUCUUCAAGCUACCGGAUUGGGCCUGUCGAAGUGGAAAGUGCUCUUGCUGAGCAUCCAGCUGUCCUAGAGUCUGCUGUGGUCAGCAGCCCUGACCCCAUCAGAGGGGAGGUAGUAAAGGCAUUUGUAGUCCUUUCUCCAGCCUACAUGUCUCAGGACCCAGAGGCACUAACUCGGGAACUCCAAGAUCACGUGAAGAGAGUGACCGCUCCAUACAAGUACCCCAGGAAGGUGGCCUUUGUUUCAGAACUGCCAAAAACAGUUUCUGGAAAGAUCCAAAGGAGUAAACUUAGAAGCCAAGAGUGGAAGAAAUGAGAUGCAAUCCCAGGAAGGUCACAUAGCCUCAAAGCUUCCCAGAGGAACCAGUGGAAUCAGUGAUCAGCUCCAUUCAGAGGAUCAACCCUUCAACCCUGAAGACAUAAAAGGAGCUCAGCUUCCAAACAGGCAUCUCCAGAAUCACUGGGUGACCCUGGAGGAGAGCAGAGGCCAUCCCUGACCCAGAGCCCAUAGCCACUGUCCAUUCUGGCCAAUGUUUGGUCACUGUUUCCCCCUCUGUCUGGAGGCAGACUCAGCAUCUGCCCACCGCUCUCAUUUCUAAGUGCGUUCUGCUGCCCCAAGAAGGGACAUGUCACCAUAGCCUUGGGGCACUGUGGUCUCUGCCUGGGAGAAGGCUUGACCCUUUACAUGAAGCCAUUUGAUAAUAGUGUCUAUAAACUUGGUCAUUUUCUUUAGCUCAGAAGUCCCAUAUUUAAGAAUCACUAUAAAAUAAAGGAUUAAAAUGCAGAAUAUGUUUAGUGCCCAAAAAAAGUUCACUUCCGAAAAAUAAAGGAAAAGAAUAAUUCUCAAACAACAGGGAAAUAAUUAACUAAAUGGUGGUAGAUCAACUCAGUAGUAUAUUAAAGGCCAUUAACAUAUCUAAAGACAGUUUACUAAGUCUUGAGAAUAACAUAAGCUAGGUUAACUUUAAAACUCAGAAUAAAAUAAUAUAUGCAUACUGGAGAACCACAGCUCUGAAAAAUAAAGGAAAACUACAACUAGAAA